AUGGAUUGUACUGUUGUGGAAAUGGAAGAUAAGCCGUACAGUGUUGACAGUUCCGACGAUAUCAAUAUCGAGGAAGAGGAAGACGAACACAUUGAACAGAAUCAUAGUUAUCCGCCAGACUUUCCAAUCGAGGCUUUAGUGAAGUUAGAAAGACCAUCACCUCCUUUACCGACGCCUCCUCACACUCCAACUGACGAUACUCCACCAGCAAUUGUCGUAUCACGACACCAAGCCGCCUGGUCACCACAAUAUCCCAUCCAAAACCGAACAAUGCAGUCGCCUUAUCCUUACGACAAACAAAUCCCCAAUUAUACAUACCCUACAGUUCCUGGAGUACCAACUGUACCUUACGUUCAACCUCAAGUUGCCGCACUCCCUCCGUCAGCACCGUACCACGCGAUGCUGGUAAAUCAGUGGAUAAGAAACGCGGCUUUGUAUCAUCACUCGUUAAGAUAUCCCUCAAUGGCGCAAAGAAUGCCUGGAAGAAAUCCGCCUCAAAUGAGAGCACCCAGUGUUCCCGGUACGCGGCCGAAGAAACAAUUCAUUUGCAAAUACUGCAAUCGCCAAUUUACGAAGUCCUAUAACUUAUUGAUACAUGAAAGAACGCACACGGAUGAAAGGCCUUACUCAUGUGAUAUUUGCGGGAAGGCUUUCAGAAGACAAGAUCAUCUUAGAGAUCACAGGUAUAUCCAUUCUAAGGAGAAGCCUUUUAAGUGCACUGAAUGCGGUAAAGGUUUCUGUCAAUCAAGAACAUUGGCUGUUCAUAAAAUUUUACACAUGGAAGAAUCUCCACAUAAGUGCCCUGUUUGCAACAAAAGUUUUAACCAAAGAUCGAAUUUGAAGACUCACUUAUUGACUCACAGCGAUGCAAACAAGCAUCACUUGGAGCACUUGGAAGGCUGUCAAGAAGUAUCUUCAACAAGCCAUGUUCCUGAGUCUCCUUUGUUAGAUCUUUCACACAAACCAUCGCCACCCCCUGUACACUACCCGCUCAAUCCCCAAGAAUCCCCCGUCGAACCAAAAAGACCUUUAGGAUUUUCAAUAGAAGAUAUUAUGAAGCGUUAA